CUUGCAUCUGUCCGUGAGUACAGACGCGCUCGCGAAAACUAUGAAUUAAUCAAAUACGCGAAAUAUUCGCGCUAAAAAAACAUAAGUGCCUUAAUACUGUUAAAAAAAUAUGUGAUAGUAAUUUUAGGAAUAAUAUAGAUAGAGCUGUGAUAUUGUACUUUUUUACAUUUUAGUUUAUCAAAUUAAUUAGUGAUAAAAAUGGGUGUUCCAACAGACGGUAAUUCCACUCCAUUAGUCGGCACCGCCACUCCAGUCAUUAGCCUAACAAAAAAUCCUGAGAAAACACCGUUUCCAAUAAAACCCAAACCUUCAAAGCCAGAUAAAUCAACUAGAGGGAAAGCAUUCCGGCAAGUCGUGGUCUCGUUUGUGGCCAAUCUUGGCACUAUCAAUACGGGAAUGGCGUUUGGUUUCCCAGCGACAGCCUUGCCGCAAUUGCAGAGUGAGACUUCCUAUAUACAGGUCACGGAAAGCCAGGCUAGUUGGAUAGCUAGUUUAAGUGCAGCGGGUACUCCCUUCGGCUGCCUUCUCAGUGGAUAUCUCAUGGACACCAUCGGUCGCCGACUUACACUCAUCAUAACUGAAAUACCUCUCAUCAUAGGAUGGCUACUCAUUGCUUGCGCACAGAAUGUUCCGAUGUUGUAUGUUGGAAGGUUAUUAAUAGGCUUGGGGUCGGGUAUGGUGGGAGCUCCAGCGAGGGUGUACACUUGCGAAGUGACGCAGCCCCAUCUCAGAGGCAUGCUUGGUGCUUUGGCCUCUGUUGGUGUUUCCACCGGAGUCUUGAUACAGUACGUUAUUGGUAGCGCGACAUCAUGGACCGUCCUAGCAGGAGUCAGCUCCAUCAUUCCAAUGGUCUCUUUGAUAGGCAUGAUAUUGAUCCCGGAGUCGCCGAACUACCUCCUCACACAGGAUAAACCGGAACGAGCGGAAAAAUGUCUGCUCAAACUAAGGGGGUCAACUUGUGACGUCGACGGUGAACUGCAGAAAAUGAUCGCUUUUAAAGAAAAGAAUCAUGUGGAGCACUUGAAGUCGCCCAAAGAGAUCAUUAAGGCCAUCAUGUCGCCAUCAGCUAUGAAACCUUUCAUUAUAUUAGCACUGUACUUCCUUAUUUACCAAUGGUGUGGCAUCAACACCAUCACCUUCUACGCUGUUCAAAUAUUCGAGUUUUCAGGAACAUCAAUGGACAAGUAUUGGGCCACAAUGUCACUUGGUGUCCUUCGCCUUAUUUCCACUGUGGCGGGCUGCAUUAUGUGUAGAAGAUUUGGUAGACGACCGCUUACGUUUGUAUCCGCUGUGGGUUGCGGUUCUACCAUGAUAAUACUUUCGGUGUAUCUCUAUUUCGUAAAGUAUUGGAAAGAUAAUUCGAUGCCGUUCCUAUUCACAUGGAUACCAGUUGCGGCUAUCUACGUGUUCAUGAUUGCAUGUACUCUGGGCUACUUGAUUAUACCUUGGGUCAUGAUCGGCGAGGUUUAUCCUACUCAGGUUCGUGGUAUAGUGGGUGGCAUGACGACAAUGGCCGCUCAUCUUUCAGUGUUCUCGGUAGUGAAGACUUUCCCAUUUUUGCGUCACGCGCUUUACGAUUACGGUGUCUUCGGUCUCUACGGGGCAUUAUCUAUAGCAGGUAUUGCAUUUUUCUAUAUGUUUCUACCUGAAACGAAAGGCAGAACACUGCAGGAGAUUGAAGACUACUUCAGUGGCAGGACCAAGACACUUAAGAAAGAAAGUAUAGCUUCACAAGGAGCGUGAAAGCAACCGAAGUUUCUUGAAGUUAGUACAAUAGAAGGUGCUGAGUUUGUCAUCAGUACUUUAAAAAAUUAAAACAGACUUCAGAAUUGCAAAUCGAAGACAUACUAAUAAAUUUAUAUGUCUGGAGAUAGAAGCUCCUGAAGUUGCUUCCAACCACUUACUUUAUUAAAUAGAGCAAUGAAACUCAAAUUUAAUCUGUAAGAAAUAUUAAAUAAAACCUAUUUUGUACAUAUCAUAAUUUAAUGCUUUGUAAAACAUUAUAUGUAUAUAGUAAAAAAUUAAGUAUUGUUAGACUAUUAAAAAAAUCAAAGUACAACUUGAUAGUGUUUUGCAACCCAGUUAAAUUAUUUUAAUGUCUGUAGAAUUGGGCCUUAGUAAAACGUAUUUUUUAGAAAAGUAUUAUAGAUUUAUUAAAUAUGUGCCUAUAGAUUUUUAUAAUUGUAUAUAAUAGACUAAAUAAGGACAUUUAAGUGAGCUGAUUCCGCAUGCACACAAACAUGCGGUGUUCUUACGCAGUUACUACAUACAUAGGAGAUGUUUGUUAUUAUUGAUACAAAUAUCGAACCGACACAAAGAAAAGUUCUUCGAUCCGGGUGGCAGCUCCGGUUUGUCGAAGUGGCUAGUUCAAUUCCAGCUGGAUCGAAAGAAUGUUUGAUUUUUUAUGAUUUCUUUACGUUUUGAUCUUAUAUAGAUGAGGAUAUUAGUAAAUUUUAAUGUAACGAAAAUGCCUGGGACAAUUUAUAUUGAGAACAAAUUGUUUAUACUUACUUGAAAUCAAAAUGAACCCAGUUGCUUUGUUCGGGUAAAAUUUAACCCUUUGUAUAAACUAACGAAGAUUUAUGUAGGUACUGUAGCUCUGUUAAUUAAAUCAACGUGAUUAAUGGUUAUGUACGUAUAGCAAAAUAAAUAAUUCAAUCCAAUUCAAAUUAGAUUAACAAAGCGAACUAUGGCCUACAACUUAUUCUUAAAAGAAACCCUUACCCAGAAGUGGCACGUAUAUGGGUUGAAUAGGUUAUUCUUUUUUGUAUAAUUUAAGAAAAUGUACACUUCAAAUACAUAAGUACUCGUAAUAAGAGUGAAUUAAAAUACUAAUAAAUAGCUA